AUGUCGGAUCCAGCCGAUCUCGCUCGCAAGCGAAGCCGCUCCUCGUCGCAGGACGGCCACGACCCAGCCGAACCCCAAAACGGCAACGCCAAUCACAACGGUGGCGCCUCGACCUCGACCUCCAACAAAAAGGCCAACAACAACACCAAUGCGCCGACCGAGUUGACCCGUGACGAUGAUGUCGAGCAAGGAGAGGGCAACGACGACGUCAAGCCCAUGGUCGUCGAUUCCGAAAACCCUUCCUCUACCUCGGCGGAACCUUCGACUUCGAAUCCGGCCAAGCCUGCCGCUGCCACUGCAGAGGGGGAUGCAGCAGCCGUUUCGGCCGCGGUCAUUCAGAUGAGGGCUCUGAUCGUCACCCAGGACGCGUCCAUCAUCAUCGGCAAGGGCGGCAAGAACGUCAACGAGAUCCGCGACAAAUCAGGCAGCAAGAUCACCAUCACCGAGACCAUCCCGGGCAAUCCGGAGAGGAUCAUGGUCAUUGCCGGACCGUUGGAUGCUGUUUCCAAGGUGCGUGGACACAGUGCGUGUUUCCAUCCGUAAUGGGGUGCAAUGGCUCAUCACUUCGUACCGGGCGAGCACAGGCAUUUGGUUUGAUCGUGCGUCGAAUCAACGACGAGCCCUUCGAGACACCCUCCGUACCUGGAUCUCGCGCAGUCACAAUUCGGUAAGAGAUUCAUCACUAGGACACUGUGGAGUAGGGCCUCCGGGCUAAUGUCAUUCGUGUCUAGUUUUAUCAUCCCGAACGCGCGAAUGGGAUCCGUCAUCGGUAAGGGCGGCGCCAAGAUCAAGGAAAUUCAAGAGGCUUCCGGUGCCAGAUUACAAGCGAGUGAGGCCAUGCUGCCAGGCAGUACUGAGGUCAGUCGGGAAAUCAAUCCGGGCCCAAGAGUCCCAUGACUUUCCUCCGAAUCCUCAUCUGACUCGCCGAUCCUCUCUUCUCCAGCGAGUCCUGUCGGUCUCGGGUGUCGCCGACGCGAUUCAUAUCGCCGUCUACUACAUUGGAACGAUCCUGCAAGAACACGCGGGCAACGUGCUCGUUAACACUCCGUACCGACCGAGUGUCGCGCCGCCGCUCGACCCUUACGGAGCGCCGGUACCCCCCACGGGCGCGUACGGUAGGGGACCGCCACCGCCGAGAGGGUACCCUGGAUUCGGAGGACCGGGGCCACAUGGUCAUGGUGGACCGCCCGGCGGUGGGUACGGUGGAGGUGCGGCCGGUCCGGGUGCGCAGACGCAGCAGAUCUUUAUCCCGAAUGAGCUGGUCGGUGAGUCCCUGUUCCCCGGCGGCGUAUCGACGCAACUACGAAGGGUCGCUGAUGAUGAGUAUUCGAUGUCGGUGGUGGGCUUGCAGGUUCGAUUAUUGGGAAAGGAGGGGCCAAGAUCAACGAGGUGCGACAGGCGUCGCAGUGCCAGAUCAAGAUUGACGAACCGGGAGGAGCGGUCGCCGCGGGUGGAACCCCGGCAGAGAGGGUCAGUUUUUCAGGAGACAAGUCAAAGUCUUGGAUUGGGCUGAUCAUCUGAUGGACUUGUGUGCAUCGUUCCCACAGCUGGUGACGAUCACGGGUCAGCCGGCGGGUAUCCAAGUCGCGGUGCGCUUGCUGUACGCUCGACUGGAACAAGAAAAGGAGAAGCGUGAGUUCAGUUCAGCUCGUUCCGCUUCCAACCUGAACCUAUAUUGA